CCAGCUGCUUGUCAUUGUCGGCUCCGUUUGUCAUACGCACUUUAAUUUUCACUGAUACCAUUUUAUCAACUUGUCGAGUUUGAUUGCUGUAAUUUAAACAAAAAAUUAAUAAACAUUGCAAAAAUGUCGAAUAAUUCUAAUUUAACGGUGGCUGUGGUUUGUUCCUCAAAUAUGAAUCGUUCAAUGGAAGCACAUCAUUUCCUAGCGAAGAAGGGCUUCAACGUGCGUUCCUUUGGCACUGGUGAACGGGUCAAACUCCCAGGCACAGCUAUUGACAAACCAAAUGUUUAUGAAUUUGGCACACCAUACGACACAAUCUACCAGGAUCUGCUUACAAAAGAUAAACAAUACUACACACAAAACGGCUUACUGCAUAUGCUCGACCGUAAUCGCCGAAUUAAAAAGUGUCCCGAACGUUUCCAGGAAUGCAAGGAACAAUUCGAUAUUAUUGUGACUGUGGAAGAGCGUGUCUAUGACCAGGUGCUCGAACACAUGGAAUCUUGUGAUCCCGUCGACAAUCGACCUGUGCACGUAUUCAAUGUGGAUAUUGAGGACAAUCAUGAAGAGGCUUUAAUGGGCGCCUUUCUUAUCACGGACAUGAUAAAUAUGAUGGCGAAAUCAACUGAUCUGGAUAAUGAUAUUGACGAACUGCUGCAAGAAUUCGAAUCUCGGCGUAAUAAAACUGUGCUACACUCGGUACUUUUCUACUGACAAUUGUUUAUGCUAUAGACGGAAAUCAAAAUAAUACAUAUGUGAGAGUCACUUGUGCGCAUAACUAACGGAAACCGUUAUAUGUAUAUGUUGGCAUAAUACGUUUUGUUAAAGCAAGAGCGCCAAACGGUUAAGAACUAUCCUAAAAUACAUGUAAUAUUAAUACAAAAAUAAAAAAAAUAAAAAAAAAAAUUAAAAAUAAAA